CAGAAAUCUAAGAGGUGUGCAUCAUACCUGACACCUGGAUGAACACUUUCCAGUUGGUUAUAUGACUGUAAGUCAUUCCCUUCAAAUGCUAUUGAAGUUAGAAACGUGUAUUACAAUGUCGUAUGUAACUUUAGAGACGGUCCCUUAAUUGCCGCAUAUCCGCGAAUACCGAACAUCCAACAGACCAACUUUAUUCCAGAGAAUUCUGAGUCUCAUUUUCAGCUCUGUGAAAGGAAGUGAUUACUAACUGGACCUGCAAAGUUGUAUAUUAACUUUAAACAAACCUGAAAUCAGGGUGUGAUUACUUUUGAUCAACGUGAAAGUGAAUCUGAACAUUCGGACUGGAGAGAACAACAACAGCAGCAAAAUAAAAUGGCUUCUAAGUUUUCAGAGGAGGAUUUCUCUUGUCCUGUGUGCUGUGAAAUCUUCACGGAUCCUGUUGUUCUGCGCUGCAGUCACAGUGUGUGUAAAGUGUGUUUGCAGAAGUUCUGGGAGACCAAAGGAUCCAGAGAAUGUCCUGUUUGUAGGAGGAAGUCAUCUAUGGAGGAACCUCCCACAAAUCUGGCUUUAAAGAACCUGUGUGAGACUUUCUUACAGGAGAGAAGUCAGAGAUCUUCAUCAGCGUCUGAAACAGUCUGCAGUCUGCACAGUGAGAAACUCAAACUCUUCUGUCUGGAUGAUCAACAGCCGGUGUGUUUGGUGUGUCAGACUUCAAAAAUACACACCAACCAUAAAUUCUGCCCCAUUGAUGAGGCAUUAACAGACCGUAAGGUAAAUAAAUGUUCAGACACAAUCAGAGGCGUAGAAGAGGAGAUGAGAGCUGAAGACGUCUCGUUCUUACAAAACUACAAGGCCACAGUGAGAAGAGCUCAGUGCACACUGCAGCAUCCAGAGGAGCUUUCAGUACCACUGGUCCAUGUGGCAAAACAUCUGGACAACCUGAAGUUCAGAGUCUGGGAGAAGAUGCAGGACACUGUCCAAUACACACCUGUAACUCUGGACCCCAACACUGCUCAUCCUAAACUCAUUGUAUCUGAUGAUCUGACCAGUGUGAGACGCAGUGAUGAGAAACAGAAGCUUCCUGAUAAUCCAGAGAGAUUUGAUGAUUAUGGCUGUAUCCUGGGCUCUGAGGUCUUUAACUCAGGGACACACUGCUGGGACGUUGAAGUAGGAGACUGUACAGGGUGGUUAGUGGGUGUGAUGACAGAAUCUGCUCAGAGGAAGGGAGAGAUAUCCUCCAGAAGUGGAAUCUGGUGUGUGUGGUAUUAUGAUGUUAAAUAUGGAACACGUUCUACACCACAGCCACUCACUCUCCUCUCAGUAACACAGAAGCUCCAGAGGAUCAGAGUGCAGCUGGACUGGAACAGAGGAAAGCUGUCGUUCUCUGACCCUCUCACUAACACACACAUACACACUUUCACACACACAUUUACUGAUAAAUUACUGCCAUUUAUAGCUGUUGAUUGUAAUAAAUCUCCUGUAAAGAUCCUCCCACUUCAGUGCUCUGUAAGAGUGAAUCAGAUCAGUUAGAGCUGAUAUUGUUUUAUUCCAAUUCAUUAAUGAAAUAUUGCUGAUGAAAAGAUUCAUGUUCUUUGUGAAAGUCUGUUUUUACUGAAGCACUGAACACUUCAUUGUGGAAUUUAUUUUGAAGUGUUAUAUUAUUAUUUCGACUCACCUUAUAAAUUAAAUAAAAAAUGUGAAAAUUGGAAAUAUUGAUAGCAUUUAAUUAUUCUGAGUACUAAUAUUAAGAUAAUGUCAAAGUAUUUAUAUAUUUUUAAGUUAUUAAUUGAAUUUGAAGUGAUUUUAAGUUAAAAUAAU